GCGCAUACGGUCGCGGUCGCGUACUCUUCAUGCGCAAGGCAGCUUCAGGCGUAUAAGCGAGCUCCACGCGGUUGCAAUCAAAACAAAAUCUAGAGUAAAUAUAAUUGUAUACUUUGGCGUGCGGCUGUUUUUAUGUACUUUUAGAGCUUUUUUGUGUUGUUUUUUCGUUUUCGAUUUUGUUCGAUUUCUGACGCCGAUUUUGGCAAAUUGUGGGUGUGUGCGGCUUGUGAAUGAAAAAUCGAAAAAGAAACGGCAUUUUCCCAGCAUUUUAAUAGCACUGAAAGUGAAAAAAGUCAGUGCGUACGUUUGGAGGUGUGAAACAAUUUCAAACUUGGCUGGUCAAGUGCACGAUACAUAAGAAAAAAGAAGAAGAAGCUUAAUUUGUAAGCAGACGUUUAGGCAAGUCUAGCAAAAGUGCAACAUCGAGUGAAUCGCAAACACAAAAAAAAUCGUCAGCUGUCGACCACAGCAUGAAAUAAAUAUCAAUCAUUUCAAAGUGUAAUUACAAGUUUUUUGAGCUUGAAGAAAAAGGAAAACACAGCAAAAAAAGCUUCACAUGUGCCAACCCGUCCCCGAGCCAAUUCGAUCGGAUAGCUGAAUAUUGAGCUCAAGUUGAGAACGAAAUUACCUUUCUUGAGCUGGCCAAAGUUGUUGCAGGUCUGGAAGCUUCUCAAACGUUUGUUGGAUGCAGUUGCAUGCACAACUGCACUGGAUCUAGCUUGGGUUUUGCCUGCGUCGAUCAGGUUGGGUUGGGUGUAAAGAGAUAGAUGACCCACUGAAGAGACCACCCACUGAAGCUUUGUGGAGCUUUGAAUGUCGUCGCGAAUCGUCUUUGAAAGCGUCGUUGGCUGAUUGAUUAACCGUAAUUACGAGUGGCGCCAAAGUGAGUGAUUGUUCCCAUUAACACCUAAUCGAUAACCAUGCCCAGCAAGGUCGUGGCCGUCUGCAAGGAUGAGCUCAGGCUCCGGAACUGCGGCAUGGGACACCUGCCGGCGGAGGAGUUUGUCAAAUCUCAAUGGCAAUCCCGCACCAAGUCCACCAUCUUCCUGCUGUACCGGUUAGCCCUGGCCAUCUUUUUCACCGCCGUCGUCACCAACUCGAUCGUGGUCAGCGUCACUUCCGAGGACUGGGCCAAAUACUUCAUCUACCUGACCCACUGGGGUAUCCUGAUGUGUAUGGCCACCAGCUUGGUGGGUGCGGCCCUCGUCGCCCGCUGGUACUUCCACCCGGAGUAUUCAGAUAAAAUAUGCAACUGCGAGGAAAUGCCACGUGCCUUCAAGGUGUACUGGAUGAUGCACAACAUCACGCUGAUUCUGUCGAUUUGCAUCACGAUCAUCUACUGGGCGAUUCUGCACAACGCCGAAAUGGUCGUCGACGCGAACAACAUCCUGAUCCACGCCACCAACUGUGUGUUCAUGCUGCUGGACCUGGUGAUCGUGGCCUAUCCGGUCCGCAUCUGGCACGUGAUUCAGCCGAUCUGCUUCGGGCUGCUGUUCUGCUUGUUCUCAGUGGUGUACUUCCUGUGCGGCGGCACCGACAAAAAAGGCCGCCCCUUCAUCUACAACGUGCUGGACUGGCGAUCGCCCGGCAAGUCCAUGGUCACCGUCGUCGGCACGAUCGUCCUGGCGGUGAUGACCCACGUGCUGAUGUUCUUCCUGUACAAGCUGCGGACGUUCCUGUACGUGCGGUACUUCAACCCGAAGCCGAUUCUGCCCACCAACUCGACGCUCAACCUGCAGCCGGGCAAGGACGGCAUCUCGAUGGUGUACGGGCAGCACAACCAGGGAUUCACCAACACGGAAAAGUAUUAAAAAUGUGGCUAAGAGUGCUGUAGGUUUAAGGUUGAAAGUUGAAAGUAGAGUUAAGUACUUGCACAAAGCUAUAGCAAGCAAGUGAGUGAUGCGAAGAAUGUGAGAGUUGAGGUAUUAUAAAGUUAAAUGUGAAGAACGUAUUCAGCAACGUAAGUAUAAGUAUAACUGUGAUUAAUGGUGAGAAACGAAGGGUAUGAAAGAAGCAAUAAAAUUAACCUGUUAUAAUUUAAAUACUUUCUGUAAAUGCACGUAGAAGUACUUGUACAUAGAAAAACACAAACACGCAAAUAAAAUGAUUAAGACUAAA